AAGUUCAUAGGGUCAAAAGUUCAGGAGUCACAAAAUCAAUUUCAAAGGUGCAUGGAUUCUAAAUCUUCUGUGCUGACAUGGAAGAACAGACUGUUGUUAUGACUAACGGUGACCAUUCGGUUAUCAUGGAUGAGGUAGAAACAAUCAAGCAGGUAGAUGUAGAGACUAGCACAGUUGCUGAGACCAGAGACAGAUCAAUGUCAGCAGGAGAUACUCCAGGACAAUGUGAGAGUGUGCGAAUGCUGGAGCAGCUCAUGCAACAGCAUAAAACUGUGUACAGUGGUGAGAGUCUGUCCAAGCAUUUCCAUGGCGAUAUUCUUAGAGUGGCUACAAAGUGUUGGGACCAAGUCAACCUGAGCGUACACACUGCAUUAGAGGCAAAGUUUGUAAGUGUGCUAGAAGAGUUCACAGUGAAGGAGAAGCUGACUGAGUUGGACAAACUUUGGGACGAGAGCGAUUCAGACGAGUUGGCAUGGAGGCCGUCUGGGACCCCCGGGGCUGACUGUGUUGAGGCAGAGGGGGUGGUAGUGAGACAGGAGGUCAUCCCACGCUUUCAGGAGGAGUCAAAACAGGUGCACUCAAUCUCGGAUGGGCUUCAAAAGGUACUCAGUGAACGACAAAACACUCUAAAAACACUAGAACUGGAUAUACAGAGUCUAGCACUUGAACUAGGUGACUUUGUGAACGCUCUUUCUUAGUGCACUUUAUACGUUACACUCACUGACUGUAUACUGCAUGAUUAAUGUAUUUAAGUGUGUUCCAUCUACGUACAAGUGUUUGUUUUCAUAAUAUAUUACCUCACAAAUUAAAUUAGGAAUCAUGA